AUGUCAGGAUGCAGCAGACCCUCCACUAAAAUCAUCCCCGUGACUAUGGCCUGGCUGGUUCUCAUCGGCGGAACCACAUUGUUCUUUGUUUUUGUCAUACCUUACCUCGCCACAAAGUAUGGUCCAUUGGUAGUCAUCGUACAUAGUCUGGUGACUAUUUUCGUACUGGCCAACUUUUCAAUGGCCACUUUUAUGGAUCCCGGGGUUUACCCUAGAGCCCACGAAGAUGAGGCCCACGAGGACGACUUCCACGCCCCCCUCUACAAAAAUAUCGAGAUCAACGGCACGACGGUGCGCAUGAAGUGGUGCGGUACUUGCCAGAUAUACAGGCCCCCCAGAUGUUCACACUGCAGUGUCUGUAACUGCUGUAUCGAGUCCUUUGACCACCACUGUCCAUGGGUAAACAACUGCAUCGGUCGUCGUAACUAUCGCUACUUCUUUCAAUUCCUCCUCUCUCUCACCAUCCACAUCUCCAUCGUUUUCUCCUCGACUCUUAUCUACGUGCUCGAUCAUAGGCUGUACGUCACAGCACCUCACUGUAUCGUUAGCAUGUGUUUAAUGGUACUGAUUGGCCUGUUAGUUGUACCUAUUUUCGGCCUAACCAUCUUCCACAUUGUACUGGUCAUAAGGGGCAGAACU